GGCGUGUUUUUGACGCUCUCAGUAACUGCUAUUCCCACGUAGAAUCGGUGUUGACAGCGCUCAUCGCGAUGGGUACGGCGGCAGCUGGCACAAGUACAUGGGAAUACCCCCUCCACUUGCCCUCCACGCAUACGCACAGGCUGCUUUGCUCCCUCCGUGUGUGCCUGCAGAUCUCCUGACGUAGUGCGCAUUGCUCGCUGACAGCGCAGUGUGACGGCAUGCAGCCCACUAGUGCAAUGGCCUGCUCUGAGCCCACGGCUGCCCAUCCGGCGGUCCCCUCUCUGCUCGGCAUGACCAUCAGCAAGGCAUCCCGCAUGGCCGCGUCAGACGAUGCCGACACACGAGCCGCACUCGGCGCUCGCAUCGGUGCACUGUCUCAGGCGGAGAGGAGCACCGUGCUGGGACUGGUGCAGGGCCGCAUAGAGGAGGCCAUGACUCGGCUGCAGCUGCACGACGUUGUGGACUCCGAUACGGAUAGUCUGGAGGGUGCGCUGAAGGCCGUCUUCGUGCUGGAGCAGGGCGGCGAGGAGUGGCGGGUCAUGGGGCGCUUCAUCCGGAUGGCCGCCAACUACCGGCUGACACCCAAUGCAGCCCUGCCCCUACACCUGCCGGCUGCAUCCCUCCCCACCGCAGCGGCCUUCCGCAAGCUGCCCCGCGCCAUGGCCGUCUACACGGCCUUUGGCAAUCGGCUCACACACACAGGGACGAGACUGGGGCUGCAGGCCGCCAACGGCAGCUACCGGAUCGGCACUCAGUCGUUCCAUGUGGUGCCGCACGGUGACCUGCCUCAUGGCCAUCGCUACGCUGGGGGAUACAAGGAGGCUGACCCAGCCAUCCGGCAGGGCAAUGACCUCUUCCCUGCCUUCUCGGCGUUCCUGCACGAGACCCUGCUCUUCGGGUGGUGUCGUCAAGCGGGGGCGCGCCAGAGGAUAGCGGUCGACUACGUGCCGGUGGGCGACGCGGACCGUAGCCGUCGCCUUGGCCCUCUCAAGACCGAGCAUAUCGACGAGGACACGGCCAUCGCUGUCGAUUCUUGCAUAGGCGGGGGAGAUCUGACGGCUGCUGCUGAUGGCAGGCAGAAUCGCCUGGUGAUCGUGAGCGGCUUCCGGCCCGGCGAGACCGCCGCUGCUCAUGUGUGGUUGCGGCCGAAUAUCAUGACGGAGCUGUACACGACUGAGACGCCUGUCGGCGGCCGGUCGCAGCCGCUCGACGACCUGCCCAAAUCGAUGCCUGCCUUCCGCCGUCUGCUGCGGCGGUUCGGGGGCCUCGAGGAUGACCUCAUCGACAACCUCAGUCACGGCAGGGUGAGGCUCGACGGGUGAGGUGACGGGCGCGGGCAGUGCAGGGAGUUAACUGUAGAU